AUGGGAAUUUGUACUAGCACAAAAGCUGUUUAAAUACCUGCUCAUGAGCAUGCACCAGAAACAUAUACGCCUUUCAUUUUCGAUACAACAAUUGUUCCUGAAUAACAACUAUAAACUAUUUCAAAGUCAACAAAUACAGUUGCUGAUCGAAUUGUUCCAUAACACAGUAAUAACAAUAAUACCAAGACAGAUUAUGAUUAUGCUCUUGAAGAAAUGUAUAAUAUUUAUCUCUAAUAAGGCAAAAAAAAUAAAAAAACGUGUUUGAAGAUUCAAAAUUUCCUCCUAAUAAUGCUAGUCUUUCAUCAGAUCCUAAUUUUAAAAAAGGAAGAGACAUUGUUUGGAAAAGGCCUGAAAAAUUUUUAUAACCAGGUUAAAUUAAAUUGUUUGAUGUAAAAAAUAUUCAUAUUAUCAAUAGUCAAUCGAUCCUAUGGAUAUUAAAUAAGGGGAACUAGGAGAUUGUUAUUUUUUAAGUUCAUUAUCUGCUUUGGCUGAAGUACCUUAAUAAAUAUAAAAAUUAUUCAGACAUUAAGAAUAUUAAUAAAGUGGUAAUAAUAACUUUUAAACAUCAAGGACUUUACGGCAUUUUUAUGUGUAAUAAUGGAAUAUUACAGGAAAUAGUAGUUGAUGAUCAUAUUCCAUGUCAUAAUUAAGGAGGUCCAAUAUUUUCAAAAGCAAAUGGGAAUGAAUUGUGGGUUUUACUUUUGGAAAAAGCUUAUGCUAAAAUAUAUGGAUCUUACCAUAAAAUAGAAUCUGGUUUGGCAAGUUGUGCAUUAAAGGAUUUGACUGGAGCACCAAGUGAAUAUUUUAUCAGAAAAGCUGAAACAUUAAAAGAUGCUGAUUUAUGUUGGGAUUUCCUUGAGAAAAAUGAUAAAUAAAAAUACAUUUUGACAGCAUCUUCAGAAACAAAUAGUUAAGGAGUGGAAUUAGAUAAUGGAGGUGGAAUAGUGUCUUAACAUUGCUAUGCAAUUUUGGAUGUGUAAAGAGUUACUGGGAGUGAUGGAAAUCCAGAUAGAAUCAUUAAGAUAAGAAAUGUAAAAUAUGUAUUAUAAAUUUGAAUAGCCUUGGGGUAGAAAAGAAUGGACAAAAGAUUGGAGUGAUAAUUCUGCUAAAUGGACACCUGAAUUAAGAUAGAGAUUGUAAGUAUAAUAAAAAGAUGAUGGAAUUUUCUGGAUGAGUGUUAAAGAUUUUAUAACUGAAUUCAGUUAGGUUUGUGUAUGCAAAUUUAAACCAGAUUAUUUAUACACAGCAGUACCUCUUUAAGUUGAAAAAUCAGAUGUUGUUACUACAAAGGUGAUAUUAAUGAGAGUAUAUGAGAAAUCUCAUGCAUUUAUUUCAUUAAGUCAAUCAGAAAAGCGCUUUUUCUAAAAAGGCCAUUAAUAUUCUUUGGCUAGAUUAAUAGUUGGAUAAUUAGAUAAUAAUACAAAAGAGGUAUUACAUUAUUCAGGUUCUGCUUUUGAUAAUGAAAGGGAUAUUGUUAUUGAAAAAGAAUUUGAACCUGGAUUUUAUGCAUUAUAUGUUGAAGUAGAUUGGUCAUAAAAUUAUGAUCGAUAUUUAGCAGUUUCUUGUUAUGGUUCUAAAUCAGUGUAAUUUUCUGACUUGUAGUUUCCACCUGGUUAAGGAAAACAAACAAUUGAUAAAAUUUUUGAUGGAUUUUUAAGAGCACAUGAGAGAGACACAGAUGAAGAGAAAGUUAAAGAUAUAGAACCAGGAAUUAGAAGAAUUUCUGGAACAGUUGCAGGUUAUCUUUAUUAUUGGUAUCAAAAUUAAACUACCAAAAAAACAUUAUAGGAAAUUAUUUAUUUAGAUAAAAUAUCAAAUUUAGAAAUAUGCCCUCCUUAUUAAAAUCCUGCUGAAGUUCAGGUUUAAUGCAAACCUCUUUCAACUGUCAUGGUUAAAUACAGAGUUACAAAACAAGGAGGAGGUUCUUUUGGAUAUGCUAUGAAAUGCCAAACAUAAGUUAUUGAAGCUAAAUCUGAAUAAGAUAUCAUUCAAUAAGCACUUUCAAAGCCUGAUUAAAAGGUUUAAAGAAGCAUACAAGGAAAAGUAUAAUAUUUUUAAUAUUAAGAAUAUACAAGUUUUCUUUUAUCUUGUCAAAUUCCCUGCAGGAGUAGCUUUUUUUUAUGAAAAUAAAGAAACUAGAGCUUUUGAAGAAACAAUUUAAUUUGAAGUCACCAACUUGAAAGGAGUUGGAAUAGAUAUUUCUUAAAAAGUUGUCAUAGAAGUAUUACCUGGGCAAUCAUAACUAAUUUAAUUACAAUCCAUCGACCCAACAAAAGGAUAUUCGUUUAAAUAAUAGAUAACAUAUACAUUAAAAUGAAAAAUAAUAUGCCAUGCAUGC